AUGGUGCAGCUUGACAUUGAAAAGACGCUCUCGGAGCUGGACUUACUUGAGAAGAUUGCCCUUACUGCUGGUAACGACUUCUGGCACACAGUCCCAGUAGAACGCCUCAACAUACCCUCUGUCCGCACCUCAGAUGGACCAAACGGCAUCCGCGGAACUCGUUUUUUCAAUGGAGUUCCAUCAGCAUGUUUACCAUGCUCAACUGCUCUUGGAUCAACCUGGGAUGUUGAGCUGCUCGAGCAGAUUGGUGAACUAUUAGGCGACGAAGCUAGAGAAAAGGGCGUCCACGUUCUAUUAGGACCUACGAUCAAUAUCCAGCGCUCGCCUCUGGGUGGCCGAGGAUUUGAAUCCUUUUCUGAAGAUGGAUUACUCUCCGGUAUCCUUGCGGGAUAUUACUGCAAAGGUGUCCAGUCAAAAGGUGUUGGUGCGACUCUGAAGCAUUUCGUGGCCAAUGAUCAGGAACAUGAGCGUAUGGCGGUUGAUACGAUUGUUACAUCGAGAGCGUUGCGUGAAAUUUAUCUAUUGCCGUUCCAGCAGGCAUUGAGAAUUUGCCAAACUGCAUGCUUUAUGACUGCCUACAAUAAGAUUAAUGGAACCCAUGUGAGCGAGAACGCAAGUAUCAUUGAUGACAUUUUGCGCAAGGAAUGGAAGUGGAAUGGCCUUAUCAUGAGUGAUUGGUUCGGUACAUAUAGCACAUCCGAAGCAAUCAAUGCCGGGUUGGAUCUCGAAAUGCCAGGUCCCACCAGAUGGCGAGGAUCAAUCCUCCACCAUGUCGUGAACUCACGAAAAGUGGCUGAUCAUGUUCUCGAUGAAAGAGUACGCAACGUUCUCAAACUCGUCAACUUUGCCCAGAAAUCCGGCAUCCCUUUUGGCGCUGAGGAGAAAGGCCUCAACCGUCCCGACGACCAGAAGCUCCUUCGCCGUGCCGCUGCUGAGUCUAUUGUUCUCUUGAGGAAUAACAACAGUGUUCUCCCAUUUGACAAGACCAAGCCUAUUGCUGUUAUAGGGCCAAAUUCCAAAGUCGCCGCUUACUGCGGCGGUGGUUCGGCGUCCCUACCACCUUACUACACUGUGACUCCGUUCGAAGGAAUCAGCAACGCAAGCAAGGCCGAUGUUAAAUUCUCCCAGGGCGCUUAUGCUCACCAAACCCUUCCUCCGCUGGGACCGUUGAUGAAGACUCUUGACAGCGAGAAGCAGGGCUUCGUGUUCAAGGCAUACCUUGAACCACCCGAAGAUAGGACUAGCGACAGUAAGCCAGUCGAUGAAAUACAUCUCGUUAGCUCAUUUGGGUUCCUCGCCGACUAUAAAAAUCCACGUAUCCCUACCGAUCUGUUCUACGCCGAUAUGGAGGGAACUUUCACACCGGAAGAAGAUGGUCUGUAUGACUUUGGAGUCAUCGUGAUAGGCACCGGAAAGUUAUUCGUCGAUGGUGAGCUUGUCGUGGAUAAUGCUACUACCCAGAGACAAGGAAUAGCCAUGUUCGGCAGUGCAACUGUUGAAGAGACUGGUGCUAAAGAGCUCAAGGCUGGACAGACGUACAAGAUUCUCUUCCAAUAUGGCAGCCGACCGACGUCGAAGUUGGAGAAUCGUAGCGUCAUUGACUUUGGUCUUGGCGGAUUUUCUUUCGGCGCAGGAAAGCGUCUGAGCCCAGAAGAAUCGAUCCAGCAGGCGGUUGACUUGGCAUCAAAGACGGAUCAGGUUGUUCUCGUUGCUGGGUUGAAUGGCGAAUGGGAGACUGAAGGUCAUGAUCGAGAUAACAUGGACCUUCCACCGGGCACGGAUGAGCUUAUCUCUCGCGUUCUCGAUGCUAACCCCAACGCUGCUAUUGUUAUUCAAAGCGGUACACCCGUGACCAUGCCCUGGGCUGACAAGGCCAAUGUCCUAGCUCAAGCAUGGUUCGGAGGCAACGAGCUCGGAAACGGUCUUGCUGAUGUUCUAUAUGGCGACGUCAAUCCUGCUGGGAAAUUGUCUUUGACUAUCCCCGUUCGUUUACAAGAUAAUCCAUCGUACAUCAACUUCGGCUCCGAACGGGGUCGUGUAUUAUACGGAGAGGAUGUCUAUGUGGGAUACCGGUACUUUGAGAAGACUGGAGUCAAGCCCUUGUUUCCCUUUGGACAUGGCUUGUCAUAUACUACAUUCGUCCGAUCAGAUCUAAAAUUGCAAGUAGACGCAGAGAAGCCUGUUUUAGAGGAUGGCGAGACGAUAACUGCCUCCUUGACAGUCACUAAUACCGGCUCAAUUGCUGGUGCCGAAAUAAUACAGCUUUGGAUCCAACCACCUAAGCUUGAAAACAUUGGAAGACCGGUCCGGGAAUUGAAGGGCUUCACAAAGGUAUAUCUACAGCCAGGAGAAAAGAAGAGUGUCUCGAUUACGGUUGAGAAGAAGAUCGCUACAAGCUUCUGGGACGAGAUUAGGAGGUCCUGGGCUUCUGAGAAGGGUGAUUAUACAGUUCUGAUUACUGGAACUGGGAAUGAAAGCUUAUCUGACAAAUUCACCGUUGAGAAGAGUCGGUACUGGCUUGGAUUGUAG